AUGCCCGUCCUCACCACCACCACCACCGCGGGCGGAAGCGCACCGCCCGUCGUGGGCGUUCUAGGCGGCGGCCAGCUCGGCCGCAUGAUGGCCACUGCCGCCCACCGUCUCGGUCUCCAGGUCGUCGUGCUCGAUCCGCUCGGCGUCUCGUCUCCCGCCGGUCAAAUGGGGCUCCCAGCGCUCGCCGGCAGCCUCACGAAGGAGGCGGACAUUGCGCACUUAGCCGCUAAGUGCGAUGUCUUGACCGUCGAAAUCGAGCACGUGAACGCGCCGUACCUCGCCCAAUUACAAGACCGCAAGCAGACGGGCCAGCUCCACGGCGUCCACCCGUCCCCGGCCACGAUCGCCUUGAUCCAGGACAAGUACCAGCAGAAACAGUUCUUUGCGCAGGUUCGGGACGUGCACGUGGCGCCGUUUGAGCUCGUGACGUCGCUCGACGUGGCGCGGCAAGUGGGCGCGGCCUUCGGCUACCCGUUCAUGCUCAAGUCGCGCCGCUUGGCGUACGACGGACGCGGCAAUGCGGUGGUGAGGCAGGAGAAGGACUUGCAGCGUGCGUUCGAGAAGCUAGGGGCCAUGCUGCUGGCGCGGGAUCAAGUGGAAGCCAAGGAGGACGAGGACGAGGAGGACGAGGAGGGGAGGGGAGACGACCGGCUGCAGCGGGAGCACGAGAUGCACCAGUUGUAUGCGGAGAAGUGGGUCCCGUUUGUCAAGGAGCUGGCGGUGAUGGUGGUCAAAGGCGCGGAUGAGGAGGUGCGGGCGUACCCCGUUGUGGAAACGACGCAGCGGGACAGUAUUUGUGAUACUGUGCUGGCUCCAGCACAGGUUUCGGAGGAUGUAGCGAAGCGGGCGCGUGAGAUGGCGCUGGCUGCAGUGGCAGAGCUGGAAGGUCGUGGGGUUUAUGGCGUCGAGCUGUUUCUCACGGCGGCAGGUGAUGUGCUGCUGAAUGAGAUUGCCCCGCGGCCUCACAACUCGGGCCAUUAUACGAUCGAAGCAUGUGAAACGGAUCAGUUUGAACAGCAUCUGCGGGCGGUUACGGGCUUACCACUCGGCAGCUGUGCGAUGCGGGUACCAGCGGCGCUCAUGGUGAAUGUUCUUGGCGAUGCAACGUCAUCGGAAGACGUGAGCUUUGCACUGCUCCGCAAUAGUUUGAGCAUCCCAGGUGCUGCGGCCCACUUUUAUGGAAAGGCAGGCGUGCGUCCUGGACGCAAGCUUGGACACGUGACCAUCACGGCGCCGAACCUGGAGGAGCUGACGAAGCGCGCUACGGCGCUAUCACCUGAGUGUGCAAAGAGCUCGGGACUGCUGAAGCUUGAGCGCAAGCCACUGGUGGGUAUUGUCAUGGGCUCUGACUCGGACCUCCCUACUAUGGCAGCAGCGGCGGACAUGCUCGAGAAGUUCGGUGUACCCUACGAACUUACGAUUGUGUCAGCGCACCGCACACCCUUGCGCAUGUACGAGUAUGCCCAAAGCGCUGCUGCGCGCGGUCUCAAGGUCGUUAUCGCUGGUGCUGGUGGUGCUGCUCAUUUGCCAGGAAUGAUCGCUGCGUUGACGCCUUUGCCUGUCGUUGGUGUCCCCGUGAAGACGUCGACGCUCAACGGCAAAGACUCGCUGUUAAGCAUUGUGCAAAUGCCCCGUGGUGUGCCUGUUGCUACUGUGGCAAUUGGCAACUCGACGAACGCUGGUCUACUGGCUGUUCGAAUCCUGAGUGCUGGGGACUCGUCGCUUCUUGAAGCGAUGGCGACGUUUCUCGAAACGCAGACGCGCGAGGUUGACAAUAAGAUCGAGACGAUGGCCACCAGUGGUUGGAAGGAGUUUCUUCAGAACAUGAAGAAGCGCUAA